GGCAACACUAUUUAUUACAGGAAACUGGAUAAUGAAAGUGGUCAUAAGAAAAGAAACACAUUACAAGCAGGAAGUCGCGACUUCAGCAUGUCUACCGGGAGAAUCAGAGUCCUGUUAGCUCUGUCUUCCUUACAACAGAUUCUAGGAUCUGUAGCUCUGGGGCAGCCCACCGUGCCACUGUCCCCCCCCCGCAACGUGAUGCUGCUGUCGAAGGAUUUUGGCAUGGUUUUGACGUGGCUCCCCGGGGAGGGGUCCCCGCCAGAUGUGCUGUAUACUGUGAGAUACCGAAGAUGGGAUCACUUAAAGCACUGGGAAAAGGUCCAACACUGCAGAAAUAUUUCCCAAACCACCUGCAAUCUGACUUGUGUGCCAGACCUGUACAACAAAUUCAGCGCCCGUGUCAAAGCCCGGUCAGCAGGGCGCAGGUCCCCUUGGGUGGAGUCGGGAGUCAUGGAAUAUCAUUUUGAUGUGGAACUGGCUCCCCCGGCACUAAAAGUGAGCGUGACGGAAAGUACAAUCAACGUGAGUGCCACUUUCCCCCUGGCCUCCUGUGUGAAUGAAGCCUUUAUCGGUCUGAAGUAUGACCUGGACUUCUGGGAAGCCGGAACUGAAGACAAGCAGAAGCAGUACUAUGACAACAUGAAGCAGGACAAGGUAACAAUCAACACUUCCGGGUUCAGCGGCAAUUACUGCCUGAGUGCCAGGGCUUCCUUCCAAGCAAUCCAACUAAAACACAGCAAGUUCUCCAAGCCAGUGUGCGUGCUGUUAAAGCCCAAAGUCAUGGACUGGAAGUUCCUCGUCACCAUUGCAGUCCCAUUGCUCAUCCUGCUUUUCCUUUGCGCUGCUGCUGCCUCCAUCCUAUGUCUAUGUAAACAAGCUGCCAAGAGAGAGAAGAGGCCUCAAGCUUUGGAUUUCUCCCAUUUCAGAGCUCCUGGGAAGAUCCUUGAGAAGGAGCCCAGCGAAAAGGAGUUCUUUGAAGAAGACCUCAUCUGCAUGGAGAAGCCAGCAUUGGGAGGGAGGAGUGGUCCUUCAGUGAGGAACAAUGUAUCACUAAAGGCUUCUCUCCUCUCACUCUGGGAGGAAGAGGAGGAGGAUGACAGCAGCAGUUUCAGACCCUACACUGAAAUGCCUCAGUUCCCGAAGAGAGCUCCCAACUGCCAAGCAGCCAGCAUGGGUCACCAAGAGUCCCACUUGGGCUCUGAACUGGGUGGCUCCCACCUUGAGGGAGGAUCUGUGUCUAACCUAGCAGGGUUAGAGUUCUCUCAGCUUAUUUGGAGAAGAGGCUCGGCCGAGGAGGACACCUCUGGGUUCCAAGACAGCGAGAAAUCCUUCUUUUCCGAGAGUUCGUCCUUGGGAGACUUCUCUCUCACUGAAGCCAGAUAUCCUGCUACUAGUGGACGUGGGCAACAUGUCGGCCAAGGAGAUGCCUUCCUUCAGGUGACUGUGUUGAUGGAGGGGCUGAAUGGGAAGCCUCUUGUCAGCGAGGACUCCGAGGGCUUCCCUCUUGAUGGGCAGCUUGUUUGCUUCCAGACUUUAAAGCUUGCAGAGGAUGAGGGCAUUGCAAGCGACAGUGACAGCUUCACCGCGUGCUCGGAAGAAGACCCACCGCCCCUGGCCUCGGUAGUAAGCGAGAUUUUUGAAACAGAGACACAGGGGAAAGGUGACAGCUUGCAGCAAGAGAGCAAUCCAAAGUUUAAAUUCCAGGGAUAUCAGCAUGUGCGUUAUAUGCCAAGGAACUGACGGGGUUAGCAGUCCUGUGGUUGGUCUGGAUCUAGGGAGCUUCAUCCAGGAGGAAAACAAGGACAAGUGUUUGUCAGACCCAAGAUUUAUGCUGCUUAUGCAUUACCACCCAUGCAAAAUGCUUUCUGCUGCUGUUUGUCCUGCCUAGGGCUAGGUCUUCCUUCACUGACGGAAAGAGGUGGGUUUUUG